CCUUAACUUUGUGCGCGAUAAUAAACUGUCUAUUAUAAGCUCAGAUGAAACACCAAAAAGACAGAAAACAAUAUAACACCCCAUGCCAAGUUCAUAAACAAAGACCAACUAGCUAACUUAUCUAUUUUCUUUCUUUUUCUUGUUUCUUGAUUUCUUUCUGUUCCUUCAAAUGCAUUUUGAUUCUUAGACUGUUUUCAAAGUUAGUGUCAUUUUAUUGUCUGUAUAACAUUUCAAGAAAAUAUAGCCACUAAGGUGACAAAGAAAAUGUUCAAGUUGCAGAAGCAGAAUCAUAAAGAGGUCAAACCAGGAGAAAGGGUUGAGUUUAGAUUCUCCAAUUUCCAAGCACUUCAGGUACCAAAAGGAUGGGACAGGCUAUCUCUGUCUAUAAUCUGUGUAGAAACAGGAAAAACAGUAGCAAAGCUAGGAAAAGCGCUCGUGAAAAAUGGGAGUUGUCAAUGGCCGGAGACGCUUUUGGAAUCCGUGUGGAUUUCACAAGACGAUUCUUCUUCUCUGGAGAUUGAAGAAUCUCUCUACAAGUUUGUUGUUUCAAUGGGCUCUGCUAGAUCUAGCCUACUUGGAGAGGGAACCAUUAAUCUAGCAUCAUAUGUUGGUUCAAGAAUGUCUUCUCCAGUUUUGGUUCCUUUAAAGAAAUGCAAUCAGGGCACAACACUACAGGUGAAAAUUCACUGCCUAACACCAAGGAGUAAAUUCAGAGAUGAAUCCAAAUCUUCAGGUUCUGGUAUGAAAGAGCAGGGUUCAGAUCAUGACGUUGCCAGUAAAUCAACUGAGUCUGACAACAUUUCUGCUGAGAGUGACGUGCUUCCAUAUGACUCCGGCUCUAACUCAGGUCCAAGCAACUUUGAGAUCAAGGAGAGAAGCUUCUCGGCAUCCGGGUCAAAUAACAGCUUUAGCUCAGCUGAAAGUUUCACCCGAAAAGAAAAGUUUCCCUCUAGAAGUCACACGGGCAAACAAGUUAGAGCAAGUCCUGACCAUGAUUAUUCUAGCAACGAUCAUUCUGUUUCAAACCGAUCAUCCUAUAAUACAAAGGCCACAGGAUCGAUGGAGAAUCUGAAGAAUACGUCUUCUCUGACGAAUUUGGGCAGUUCAAAAAACCUUCUGGAGGCUGCAGAAGAUACAAUCGCGGAACUCCGAAUAGAAGCUAAGAUGUGGGAGAGAAAUGCUCGGAAGCUCAUGCUCGAUUUGGACAUACUGAGAGAAGACUUCACGGCUCAGUCGAAAAAGCAAGCAGACUUGGUGAUGGAUCUUUCAGCUGCCUAUGCUGAGCAAGGUAACUUGAAAAGAGAGAUCGAAAAUCUGAAAAUGAUCUUGGAGGAGUCGACAGCAAAACACACAGUGGCAGAGGAUUCGAUAUAUCAACCGAAAAGUCGGAAGCAUAUCCAGGAGGAACUGGAAAAUGAAAUAAGACAGCAGCAGGAGUUGAAUGCCAGUUUAGCCUUACAACUGAAAGGAAGUCAAGAUUCAAACGUCGAGCUAGUCUCGCUUCUUCAGGAGCUGGAAGAAACUAUAGAACAGCAAAAAGUGGAGAUAAAGAAAUUUUCAUCUCUGCAUCUGAAGUUAACUGACAUGCAAUAUUCUGCCAUAGUCGAUUCGCAAGAAAAAGUUAACUCCUCGGUGGAAAAAUCGGACGAGACAUUGCAAAGCAGUGUUGAAUCCCUCACAAAGGCAUUACAAGACAAAAAUCACGAGCUCGAGAGUGAAGGGAGAAUGAACAGACAGACGCUUUCAGAUAUUAAGAAGGAAUAUGAAUACAAUGGACACUCUGAGAAAGGUAGUAUUGAGCUGCUAAGAGAUAUCGAAGCAUUACAAGAGAAAGUGCAAGAGCUAGAAAGAGAUUGUGCUGAACUUACUCAGGAAAACUUGGACCUUUUGAUCAAGUUUAAGGAGUCCGGUAGUGAAAGCACACUGAUACCUGUGGAAAAAGUUGGUGCAAGUGAGAACUCCAAAGACUUCAUUCAAUUAGUGAAGCAGCUUGAAGUAGCUUUUCACCAUCUAAAGAGACCGUGGCAUAAACUUUCUUCCGGUGUAAGCGAUCAGUGCAAACAUCACCUCGAAAACUUGGAAAAUUUGAGCGACAACAGUACCGGCUGUGUCCUUACAUAUCUGUUUGACCUGAACAAUCUCUUAGAAACUAGAAUUGUUGAGUGUGAGGAACGUUUUAAACAACAUGAACAAUCGAUCCAGGAGAAAAAUCACUCUCUUGCAGAAGCUCAAAGAAAGUUGGAUGAUUACAGUCUUGAGGUUCAAGCACAUGAGAGCGCAAAGGCGGAACUAGAAAUUGAAUGUUCCGGUCUACUAAAAGAGUUGGAUCAAAAAAGUUCAAAGUUGGAUAAGUUACACGCUGACUUACAAACAAACGAAGAGGAGAAAAUCCGUCUUUUGGAGCAUCAAAGAGAACUAGAAAGUAAAGUUGCUGAUCUUCAAAAGGAAAAGGAUCAGGUCGAAGAAAACAUGAAAAUCAUCUCGAGAGAAAGUUCAAUCACUUCGAGGAAAUUAGUGCAGCUCGAAAGUGAAAAACAUAUAUUGGAGGAUCAGUUAGUAGGAUUGACAGAGAAGAAUGAAAAUACGGAAGCACAAAUUUGGCUCAUGACAGUUGAGAGAGAAUCUCGUCAAUCAGAAUUGGAAGAAUCCAGGUCUAUUGUAAUGAAUCUUCAAGAAGAAAUCGGGAAGUUGGAGAGUGAGACGAAAACAAACAUUGCUGAUCUCAAAGAAGAAUUAGAAGACAUGCAGAUCUUAUGGUCACAAGCUAGAGAAGAAUGUGGGCUUCUCGAGAAUGAGAAUGAAAAGUUACAAGAAUCUUUGCAUGAAUCAAAGAAAAGCUUGGCUAAUACCUUGAUAAAGGUUAAAGCUCUUGAGGAGAAUCUCAAUUCAAUGUGUAAAGAUUUUUCCUUGAAAGAGGAGAGAUUGAAUGCUGAACUAAACAAACUAGUUCAAGAGAACAAGAACGAAAUUAAGAAACUCGUGCAGCAAGAAAGUUCGUCUAAUCGGAGGUAUUCAGAGAAGUUGACAGAAGUUGAGAGUCUCAAGAAAGAGGUAGAACAACUAACGAAGCAAAUUUCUGAGAGGGACGAGGAACGAAGAUUAGCUUCUGACGCUGUUAAUGAAGUUUCCAGUUUGCGUGCUGAUAAAGAAAAUCUGGAAUCAAAACUUACAUUGAAUGAGAAGGAGCUUGCGGCUUCAAAACUAAGUUAUGAAAAGUUGAUGGUUGAACAUGCAAAGAUUUCGAAGCUUUUACCAAAUUAUAGGGCGAAUGAGGAAAAGCUUAAGACGGCUGUUAAUGACCUUGAGUUGCAGCUCACUCUUUCACGUUAUGAACACCAAAAGCUUCACGAAGAGAGUGCUAAUCUGAAAUUUCAGUUGCAGAAAACAAAGGAGCUUCAAGAUGAAGUCUUCAAUCUGAAAAGCGAGCUCACCGAGUGCAUGUCCGAGAAGGAAAAAUUAGAAGCAUUGGUGGAGAGAAUAUCUAGAGAUGGUGAAGAAAUGAAAGCUGAGAAGGCCUCGUUUGCUGGUAAGAUCUCGGAAUUGCAUAGAGUCUUGUCGGAGUUGGAGAACAGCAACAGAAAGAGAGUUUCUCUGGAAGAAAAAGUAGAGCAAAUGGAAAGUGAUUUAACUGAAAAAGAGAAAUUCUGUGCACAAGUGGCUGACUUGAAAAAUGAGCUUAGUGAAACUAAGAGGGAAAAUGAGCAAUAUAAGUUGAAAAUAUAUAAGCUGGAGGAGGAGAAGGAUAACUGCUUGAGAAAAGUUCAUGCACUUGAAGCAGAGGUGAAAAUGAUGGAAGAGGAGAAAAAAAUAUAUGCCAAAAAGUUUGAACAGAACGAUACACCGAAGAGCAUCAGUAAAUACAGUAACUUCAAUCGAACACCUCAAAAGCUUAGUCAGUCACAAGAACUUCUGGUGGAUCGACUUCAUUCAGAUCGCAAGUGUAGCGAAUCAGAGGCUGAAAAUGGUUUCUCUGGUGAAAUCGCUUCUUCUAUUGAAAUGGAUUACUUGGCUAGAAUACAGCUGCUUGAGAACAAGCUUGCUGAAGCAUUAGAGGCAAAUAAGAAGUACAAGAUUCAGCUUCAAAGGUUUAAGACCGAGGAACGGAAAGGCCAUUCACCUGCUUCCAAGAAGUCAGACGGGGACAGCGAAAUGGUGAAAAGGUUCGAACAUACGAAGAAUUUACUAGAGACGGAAUUAAAAGACAUCCGAGAGCGCUACUUUCAAAUGAGUCUUAAAUAUGCUGAAGUAGAAGCACAGAGAGAGGAUCUUGUUAUGAAACUGAAGGCAGUUAAGACUGGAAAGAGAUGGUUCUCUUGAAUCUCGCUAACCUUAGGUAAACCGUCCACAUUUCGUCUUACAUCUAUGUUGUUCAGACUCUUCAAAUAUUCAUCGGGAUGCGUGUCGCAUCAUCCAAAAUUAUUGUAUUUUUUGAGGAUCUGACACGGGUGCGGCAGCAUUGAGAGACCGAGCAAAAUAAAGAAUUACACCAAAUAAAGACAGCACAUGUUAUUGAAUGGAGUUACUAAGUUAGAGAUGCUUUCUACUAGAGUUAAAAGACAAGUAGCUCCUCACAAUUUUCUCCACAAGUGGAUAUGUUAUCCCAUGAAUAAUUUUUAACUUUAUGCAUCUGAGUUCCUAAGUAGUUGAGAAGUGAGAAAGAUUGCUACAGUGGCAACAGGGGUGGAGCUGGGGGGUGGGUACAAGGGGUUCAUGCGAGCCUCCUUUGUCGGAAAAAUUACACUGUAUAUACAACGUCAAAAUUAUUUUUAUGCAUAUAGUAGAUGUUGAAUUCUCUUGACUUCAUCAUGUGGCUCUAAUCCCCGUAGUAAAAAUUCUGGAUUCGCCACUGAACGGCACACGUAGCUCUUUACAUAGCUGCAUAUUUGAUUUGUUAGACAAGAAACUACACUAAUAAACCUGUGUUGUUGUAUUA